CCCCCUUAUUAUGUCAUCCCCACGCCCAACCAAUUAUGAUUAUUUUUUCCCCAAUCCCCACGAGCCGCUGCAGCAUAGAAAACCCAUCCCUUGUUAUUAUUCCACCAGCGGAAACGAAGAGAGGAGCAGCGCCGCAUCCCUUCGUUAUUAUUCCCCAGCAGUGUUUUGCGAAAAAGGGAAGAAAGGACGAGCAGAGGCAGGUUGUGAGAGGGAAUAGAAGAAUAAAUGAAGAUGAGCAGAGAGGGAAAAGAAUAAGGAUAAAUAAAUAAAUAAAUAAAUAAAGGGAGUGGUUCCUCACAGCACCAUCGCUUCCCUGUUUCCUUCGACCAGCCCAAUCGUGAAAUUGUCCGAAAAAGGAUUGAGGUCUAAGGUGGUUUAAACACCAACCAAUAAAGUAGAUGGGAGAUGACGCGAUGACUAGGCCAAAAUGGUACCCUCCUUAACGACCUGGGGUAUGGGAAUUGAAAAGGAAGAGGAACUAGAAGCUAAGUUGACGUGGAAAUUGAAACGAAAUAUGAGGAAAAAGCUGACGACGACGAAACAGAGGUUCAAGAGAGGAAGCGGCUUAAUGUUUCUUCGUCAAAGAAACUAAGGAACCACCACUUAAGAGGUGAGUGUAAAGGGGAUAAAAUCUACGUCAAUAUCUUUUAGAUUUAUGCAUUUUAUUUCAAGUUAUGCUAGUUAAUUUUUGAGUAAUGCGCGAUAUGUGUGUGAGGUAUCCCACCGCCUACUUAAGGUGGAGGCACACAUUGUGCUAUGUAUGAAUGUAUGGAUGUAUGCUUGUAAUAGUUGAUUAAUGGUAAAGUGAACCCGCGGCCGGUUGGGCCACUACUGGACGCGGUAGAUGGUCGGGGCACUUCAGGACAGCAAGACGUAACGCAGCAGUUGAUCGAGUAUGUUUGGGUCACUACUGGACGGCGAGACGUAACACAGUAGUUGACCGGGCAUGUACUAGAUGGCGAGACGUAACGGAGUGCCAUUGCCGAGUUUGGGUAUGCAAUCGGACGACGAUACGUAACGCGAUGAUUCCCCAGUAAGUAUUUAAGUUAAGGAUAGAAGUAACGAACUUCUAUGAGUUCAGGAUAGAAGUAGAGAGCUUCAAUAAGCUAGUUGAAAGGAUGAUUAUGUAAGAGCAGAAAGCGAGAACGCGUUUCGUACUAGAAAUGAAACUCUAAUAACGUGUUUAGUAGGGAGCUUGCCUAGGGCAAAGACCUUAGGAAGUAACGAUGAGACUGACCCCUUCUCACUCAGUAGGUCGAGAAAGGGUUAGCAGAGGUGGCCUUCGAGAAUAGGCAAAGCGACGUGGGAAGCCGCUCCAAAGUAGACAAGAUCGAGGGGAGCUCAACGAGGAGUUAGUGUUAUAGUUAUUUCUUUAUUUUUGUUCAUGAUCAUGAGUAUAUAUACUGGAGAUUCGGGAUUUUGAGUUUGGGUGGUUUUGUUUGCCACGGAUUUGGGUCGCCCAACUAUUUAGGGCUUUUCAUUUGAAUAUCUUGUGGAAAAAUACUAGGAUUUACUUGUUUUAUUGAAGUUUUUGAACAUUAUUUUGGUCGGAUCUGGAGCCAUGAGUAUUUUGGUUUGUUUAAAAGUACCGGGACGUUACAUAUAGUGACAUUCACUAAGGAUACUUGUGCUAAGAUCCUUUGUUUAAGCUUAUUCGUACAUCAAGCACAAGCAUAUUUUUUGAGAAUGUCAUGUUUUACCAUACCGAGUCUUCCCCUUCUAGUUUCUCCACCAACAUUACUCCUCCCACGUUUGAUGAUGACUAUGAUGAUACUCUCUUUCCCCCACUGGAUCCGCCUGAUCCGUCCUUUCCUGGUUUGUCUCCCACUCCAUCGACUACUACUCCUACAUCUUCUGCAUCACCGACAUCACCCACUCCAUCUAGUUCUGGCCCCAACUCCUCUACUGCCUCGAGUUCAUCUCCAGGUUCCAGCUCGUCUUCACGCGCCGCCAGCUCCCCCCCACAAGCCAACAUUCCCGCUCCACGUCGAUCUGAUUGGGUAACGGAGGGCAUUCCUCCGCCCAAAUUCCAUGAUUACGUGGCCCAUGGAGUAGAUUCAUUUAUUGUUCCCACUCGCUAUCACCAAGCUAAGGGUCAUCCUUUGUGGGAGGCAGCUAUGUGAUGCGAACUUAAAGCUCUUCAUGCGAGUAAUACAUGGACACUUGUUCCACAUCCAUCAUCUUCUUCUUUGGUUGUUGGUUGUUGCUGGGUUUACACAGUUAAGAUGAAUCCGGAUGGUACAAUGGAUCGGUAUGAGGCUCGAUUGGUUGCCCAGGGCUUCACUCAGGAAUAUGGGAUUGAUUACAAUGAGACAUUUGUGCCAGUUGCUAAAAUGUCUACGGUUCGUACAUCAUUGUCUGUUGCUUCACUCCAGCAGUGGUCGUUAUCUAUAUGGAAAAACCUCCUAGUUACUCUCUCGGUUCUUUACUCGUCUCAAAUAUCACAACAAAAUUCUACCUAAGGCCCACUUAUAAACCUUAGAUGAGUGUAAUACAGGGCAAGUAUGUUUAAGUAUCAACCCAGGCUGGUCCAUGUACCCCUACUUCCAUUGUUUGAAACAUUACCAAGCAGAUUGGCUUUUGGUUGAAAUCUAUGAGGUUUAAAUGAAAACAAAGCAAAGGUAAAUGGUUUGAAAGCUCUAGAUGAGAAGGAUCACUCGGGUUUCGCUUCCCCCUAACUACUACCAUAGCACGUGGACUCGAAUGGGAUGUUAUGGGCAAGGCAAUCGUGAACCGCUAGGAGGUGCAACUAUGGUCGAAAACCACACUCUCAAUUACCAAACCAAGGGAUACAUUAUAGGCUACUAGAGUAGCCCUCUUGUCUAAGGCAAUUGAGGGUUGACUUACCUUCUCCCUCAAACCGAUGGUCGAAUGGCUUAAUCACGAUUAACCUAGUCAAUUAAUUCAAGAUAGAGGUUUUCCCUACAUUAACCUAGGUAGGUGGCUUGAAAAGCCCAAGGAAUCCCAACUCAAUUAAGCCUCUUUUGGAAAGGGGGUGUUUCCCGUCUAACCUAGGUUAGAAUGGCCAAUAAGAUUGCUAAGCACAAACAUGCACAAUCAUCAUGAAAAAUACCUCAAUCAUUAAAUUAAACAACACCCAUGAACAAUCAUUCAAUUCACAAUACAACUACAUGGCUAAUAGUUAGGGUUUCACAACACCCAAGUGAAAAAGGAAACUAAUUCAUGCUAGAAAGGGGAAGAACACAAAAGAAAGAAGUAGAAACCAUCAUGGUGAUGCCUCCACUCUCCUUUGAUCUUGUGUUGAUCUUCUCUUGAGGAGAUUCUUCCUAAUUCACCACUUGGAGCAAACCCUAGCCUCCUUUCUUCUUUGGUUCGUCCUUUCUCUGUCUAAAAUAUGAAGAAGAAGGUGCUAUCUCACUCUUGGGAUCUCCCUCACUCUUCAUUUCAGCUCACGUUUUAUACUGGGAUCGGGCUCAAUUCACGGCCGUGAACUCUUCAACGCGUCCGUGAACUCUGAUUGUUGUGUCGAAACGCACCGCUUCACUCACAUGAGUUCACGGUUUGCACUCAAAGUUCAUGGUCUUGUUGACUGUGAACUCACUUGGCGUCAAUAACUUCAGAAAUCGCCCUGGACGCUUCGCCGUUCACGAUUUAUGAGACAGUGAUUUCUAAUGUAAAACCGUGGACAUGGCCUGAAUCACCCUCUUUGCCCGAUCUUUGCCCCUUUUCUUCCAACUUUCAACUCCGGGGCUAGUUUCACCUGUUAGAUCCUGAAACACACUGAAACACACAAAACCUAGCGUAAAACCGACCUUUUAGGAUUUCAAAUGCCACAAACACCCAAGGGAAACAGGGAUAAAAUGUGUACAAUUAGGCCCGAAUCACUCCCGCAAGCAAACCAUUUCACACGAGUUCCCAAGGAAACCAUUUCACACAAGGUAAUAUCUCAACCUAUCAAAAUGCUUUGGGGACAAAACAAAGGGCACAAAGUGGCGAAUCUCAAAUGUCUAUUGGAAAUUAACACAAGGACCGUUGCAAGCAAUACCGAUAUCCACCACAAACGAAAUUCGAGGCUACUAGAAACAGGCAAAUUAAAAGUUCUCACCUUGUUCAUGAAUCAAUGCAAGUUUCAAAU